AUGCCCUACAUUGUAACUGUUAUUCCAAGAAUUUACGAUAAGGUGUUGCUUGAACAUCAAUCGCUAGUAACAAGUGGUGCUGUUCCGUCAUUUUUGAUGGAUGCUGGAAGUAUUUCUGGAUUGAAGGGAACGGUUUGGACGCCACAACCCCUGGCAAUUGGUCUGCUUGGUGAACCAACCAGUCGUUUCAUGCCACUUCUAAUACUCUUUUUUUCGGUCCAAACCCCGAUAAACCAAAGCUGUGCACCUAUAGUCUGUAUCUUCAGUAAUUAUCAGGUUGCCGAGGCUGGAGUUUUUUAUUGUUGGUUCUCAGACGGUGAACUAACGAUAAUGAGUUUAGAGCCCGGAGAGGGCGAGCGCCUUCAGUCGCUUUUUCAUCCCUGUCUCGAAUCUUACUGGCUGCAAAUCUCGACUAGUUCCAGCCUGACGGGAUCAAGAGCAUCAUGA